GUGGACGAUCAAUGGAAGGGGAUUAAACAUGGAUCCACAGACAGCUGCAAAGAGAACUGUGUCACUUUUGUUAAGGUACAUUGAAAGUGACUGGCAAAUGAACCAAAGUGAUUCGAGGAAGGUCUUCAUGCGGCGGGUGGUUAGUAUCUAGAGGUAUUGUCAGGGGUAUUGGUGGAGGAAGAUUCGACUGCAAUGUUCAAAAGGAAGCAGGAUAAAUAUCUAAAAUUGAAAUUAUUUUGCUGGGCAUGGGAGGGACUGAAACUAACUGGAUUGCUCUUACAUAGAGCUGGUAUGGAUUCGACGCGCUGAAUAUGCUGUGGGAUGAUUAAGGCCGCAGCUUUGUUUGAUACAAGCUCUAAGAAGAAAACCUUAAUAUUUUAUGCCUAUAUAACAAUGAUUUGUACUUUGGGACAGCACAAAACAAUGCAUUCCUUUCUUUUCAAAGUACGCGCGUUUAAAUCCUGAUGAUAUUGCACACUUACUGGUUGGUAUUAUCAUCUGAAUUGGGGAAAUAACUUCGGAGCCCACUGCAAUGAUUUCCAAAGACUCAAUCCUAUCCCAAAGUCUUUCUAGCCUUGGGAACUCGCUUGUCUGUGACCCUACAACGCCCUUCUCUGUGAUGUAAUCGCACUUGGUGUAACAAAGGUGUUUAGUCUUCGCAACAAACAAUCUGCUGAAUGUUCUCCAGCAGGUUGUCUGUUGCUCCAGAUUCCAGCAUCUGCACUCUCUGUAUCUCCCUCUUUAUUCUUCGUCCUCUCUGGAUUCUGGACCAUGAUAUUCCAGAAACCCCCGGCUCCACCAGCAGCCGGUUAAAAUCGCACUUUAAUGCAGCAACACCUCAGGCGCCGGAGGAACUCAGCAGGACAGGCAGCAUCCAUGCGGGGACAUGAACAGGCGGCGUUUCGGGCCGUGACCCUUCAUCAGGACACUGCAGGUAUCCGACCAACAGUUCAGAAAGAAGGGUAGCAUGAUAUUUGGCUGAGCAACAGGUUAAAAUGGAGGGCAGUAGCUCGCAGGCAGCAGCUAACAACACACUCGAAGCCAAGACUGCAAUCAACGCUCGUAACGAUUUGGCGCUUCUGGUGGUUCGUUCCCUUUGCGCCGCCGUCGCUGGAAAGGUCGAUCUUAAUUGGUCGCCUUCGAGCUGAUCUGUGAUUGGCGACUGCUGUCCAUUCCCGAGUCCGCAAGGGCGUUGCCUCGAUCUGAUUGGUUCUCCUUCUGUCAGCAGCGGAAGCCGAUUGGUGGAAGGUUUCCUGAGCCGGACGGCAGCGUGGAGUAGGGUUGGGUCAUCAUGACGACAACAUUCAGUGAUGAUGGUGCUAAGGCAAUUGAGCGGUCCACAGACAUUCUUGAAACAGGCAGCAGAACCGAUGCCAGUGAGAUAGAUGAUGUGUAUGAGAUUGAGAGAACCUGCAACUUCAUCACGAAUCAUGCCUUUAAAAGGGUGGCCCUUCAAUUUCCUGAUGAACUUCUCAUCGAUGCUUCUGCCAUUAUAUCAAAAUUGGAGAAAAACACCAGUACCAAGAUUUUCAUAUUGGGUGACACAUCGUAUGGCAGCUGCUGUGUGGAUGAAGUUGCUGCUGAGCACCUUGAGGCUGACAGUAUAAUACAUUAUGGAAGAGCAUGCCUCAGUCCUACCAGAAGGCUCCCAGUAAUGUACGUGUUUGGACAAAAAUCUAUCGAUUUGUAUCAAUGUGCUGCCUCUUUUCGUGCACUCUACCCAGACAAGUCUACAUAUGUUAUAAUUCUAUAUGAUGUCAUCUACUCAUAUGCACUUGAUGAACUGCAACAGCUACUUCAACCAGAAUAUGAAAACCUUGUUGUUUCAACGGUUUGUAGUUACAGAAAUGGAACAACUGAUCUCUGCGGGACCGAUGGUCUUCACAGUGAAAGUGACGUUGUUAUCCAGGGAUCUUGCAAUCAUGCAAGCAACCAGCCAAGCCUUCAAGUUAUUAAUAAGUUUGGCCGCCAAUUCACUAUCCAUGAUGACAGGAGCGUGAAUGACUACGAUAUGUUCUAUGUUGGACAAGAGAGCCCAACUUUGACAAAUUUUAUGAUGACGUGGAAUCGGUGUUCUUUUUGCUCAUUUGAUCCAGUGAAAGGAGUCGGGCGACAGGAAACCGUGAAUAUUAACAAGGCUUUGAUGAAACGUUACUACAUGAUCGAAAGAGCCAAGGAUGCUCAAGUUGUGGGAAUUUUAAUAGGCACCCUUGGUGUUGCUGACUAUCUCUCCACCAUUGAUCACCUGAAAUGGAUUGUCAAGCAAUCGGGCAAAAAAAGUUACACCUUUGUAAUGGGUAAAUUGAAUGUUGCCAAAUUGGCUAAUUUCUUGGAGGUGGAUAUAUACGUGUUGGUAGCUUGUCCAGAAAAUUCUCUGUUGGAUUCCAGUGAGUUUUAUAGGCCAGUCAUAACACCAUAUGAGAUGGAGGUUGCUUGCAAUCAGACAAGGGAAUGGACUGGAGAGUAUGUUACUGACUUCAGGGAUCUCCUUCCAGGUGCAUGCUCUCAUGUUCAAUUUCCGGAUGAGAACUUCAAAAGUGAGGAGACCAAUGUCUCGCUAAUAACUGGAAACCUUCGAGCAACCCAACUGCUGAAGUCAGAGGGGCAAAUCAAUGCAUCCAGCACAUCUCUGAUCCCCAGGAAUGAUGCUCUAGCAGUUACUCAAUCACAUUCAGCAGCCUCAUUCUUAAAAACUCGGAGCUGGAAGGGAUUGGAGCAAAAACUUGGGGAGACUCCUGUGUCAAAAGCAGUGGAAGGACGGAAGGGGAUUGCAAUUGCCUAUGAGGAAGAGGGCACUAGUUGAAGUAACUGCUCCCCUGGACAUUGACAAUGUGUGCGAAAAUGAACUGAAACCUAAUUUAAGGAAUAAAGAGACCAACAAGGAUGUUCCCAUUUGAAAGCAAAUUGGUCUCCAUAAUAUUUCUUUGAAUGUCUGUAACUUUCCAGAUAUUGGAGCCUCCAAAUACCAAAUAACGGUUAGCAGUUUCCUGCUGUCAGCUCACUCUGGUAAUAACUCUUGACUGUUUGUGAGUGGUAACAUUCAAAUUGAUUUUGAUUGAACCAAAUUGUGAGCUUGAGAAAUCAUUCUCUGAGGUGCAAAGUUAUUUUGUAGGAUAUUGUUGAUUUUAUUUUAUGAAUCACCUAAUCGGAAGUGAUGAUGAAGCCAAAUAGAGAAUUCACUGAUAUCGUGCUGAAUGCUGUGAAUCUGCUUGGACUGUUUUUGUAUUAUAUAUUCUAGAUAACAUGGAAAAAGUGUUCAUUGUUCAAUGAUUUGAGCUGUACUGUGAUGUGUUCAUUAAAUGACAAAUAGGAAAAUUGGAUGGGCAGAAGGAAAGGUACAGCUGUGAAGACUGACUACAUUAGGUCUCAUGUUGCAAUAUCUCUUUAAAGUACUUUCUCAUCAAUGCCAUUGUCAAGUAUUUAGCAAUAAUGACAACUUGUUUGGUGCACUCAUACACAAAUUUUAAAUUGAGUGCAGAGACUGAACUCUCUGCAAGGAUUCAAUGUUUUGAAAAAUAAGGAUGGAGAUGGAUUUGGCAGCUAUUCAAAGGGAAUGCAACAAUAUGAGGAGAGAGUUAUGAACUGCAAGUCUAAGACGUGACAUCAACUAUUGGAGGAAAAAUGAAGGUAGUGGAAAUGCACGGGAUGUGGGAAAAAAUAUAUGGUGAGGUGAUGGUGUAGAGAUGUGACAUUAAUUGUAAACAUUUUUUAAAUUAAUCCAUUGAAACAACUGAAGGGUAAGAAGCAAUGAUGGGCAGGAUAGCCUUGGUGUGAGAUUGAAUCUUCCACAUUCUGUAUUCUAAGUUUAUAGCUAGAGUACUGGAGAAAGAGUCCAGAGGCAAUGGUCAGUUGUUUCGAUGACAGUGGAGAUGAAUGCAGAUAAUAUUGUCACCACUUGUUGGGCAGUGGAUUUGAACUUCAGUCAGUGCACAAUCUGUGCAUUUUAUUUGAUUCCUCAGUUUGCGAGCAGUAAUUUAUGGGCUAACUCAAUUGAAAAAGUGUGUACUUCUGGGAGGAGCUAAUUUUCCCAAUAUAGAGUAUUCUGCCUCAUCCAUGACAACAUAGCAUGAAGAUGGUUGUGUGAUGGAGGAAGGUAGUGGAGAAAUAAAUCCAGUCUGGAUCUUGCCCAUUAAUGUAAGACCUGAUUCCUGAUGUAUUUUAUGGAUGUUCUGAAGGAAAAAAUGGGUUUGAAAUACUUGCACCCCAUAUUAACUGCAAUCUUAUUUUUAACCAUAAUGAUAAAUGAUUAUUGUUUGACCCAGAGACAUACCAUAGAUGUAAUCAAAUGGUAAUAAUGUUUCAAUUUAGAGCACAUGGAAUGAAGACUGAAUACCUCAUGAUGCCUUUCACUUGUGAUAUUUUAAUGUAGUCUGAAAUUAUAAUCAAUAAAAAUAAUUUUAUUUCUGGG